GUUGUUGCUGCGCCACUUUAACGUCGAGCGUGUGUGCGUGUGGAUCAACGAAGGAAGCCACCAAGUCAGCCAGCCAGCCAAUUGACAGUUGCACCGCCAGCGCAAUUGCAACGUUCUGCUGAUCGAUCGCUCGACAUUGGUUAGAGCAAGCCAGUCGCUGUUAACUGUUAGAAAGAGAGCGCACGCGCAUCUACAUUGACCGCCUUGUUUUAGCCUAGUUAGUCGCUGUUGCGGCCAUAUCAGCGUGUGCGUAAGUGGACCGCGAUUGCGCGCUUAACACUGCUGCUGGCAUUUUUAUGAUGGCCUAUUGAAAUCGGAAUCGUCAGUCAAAAGCGCGCGCACCGCUCGGACUAAGCGGCUACGGCAAAAAAAAAUAUAAAAAAAAGAAAAUCUAACCCACUCAACAUUAUGAACAUGUUGCCACAAAGGCGCCAAUUUUGUCAAGUGUAUCGCGAUAAAAUACAACAACAAUUAGUUGAAUUAGUUAAACAAAUUAAAUGCUAAACAACUUCUAAUAAAUCAAUGCAGUGCCCCCCAAGUGACGUGUCGCGUUAUUUUGUUAUUAAUUUAUUGCACACAAAUUAUGAAGUGAUUGCGCAUUAAAAAUCGAUUCACGUGCAAAUAAUUGCAGGCAGCUUAAAAAUUAAUUAAUUCAUUGUGGAAAUAGCACAAAAACAAAUUAAUAACAAACAAAGCAGAGCAGAGCAGAGGAGCGCAGCGCGAGUUUCCAUUUUCUAUUAUUUUUUUUUUCUUGUUGCUAUAAUUUUCGUGCUUUGCUUGGCUUACACGCAAACAAAUACAAAUACAAAUACACAAGCACUACACAAGGCUUAAUUAUGAGCAAUUAUAAUCCAAAUUGUGGUUACUUUGAGGAUUGCAGCUAUUACACAAAUAAUGCAUAUCAACAGGAUUAUUGCAUGCAACCGGAUUAUGAAUACAAACAACAUGUCUACGAUUUGUUUGAUGCCAAGGUGCCAUCCUCGCAGCGCUCUGGCUUUCAUAUAUCCGACAUACUCAAUCUGGAGGGCUCCGAGCUAAAGAGCGCCGCCGCCGUUGCCGCCGCGGCUGCCCAUCAUACCCACAGCCAUCACAGCACAGAGCUGGAGUCCAGCAAUGGGCAUGUGCACGCCGUUGCGCCCGCUGCUCUGUCGCCCACGCCCAAUGCCACGCUGCCGCCCACUGCGGCCAGCGCUGAGCAGCACAUAACGCCCGUUGGCGAGCAUCAGACUACAGCGCAUUUGCCACAUGAGCAGCAGCAGCAGCAGCAGCAACAUCACCAGCAGCAGCAGCAACUGCAUCAGCAACAUCAGCUGCAUGCGCAUCACCAGCAUCAGCCAUUGUCGCAUCAUCAGAGCGCUGCACUGGCGCAGCCGCCACAUGUGGGCGCGCAUGCUCAGGCCGCUGCUCAUCUGCUGGUCAGUCACAAUGCAGUUGCUGCUGCAGCUGUCGCCGCUGGACAAUAUUUGCCCAAAAGCUUUGCCGGCAGCUUUGGCGAUGAGAUGUCCUCCUAUCAUCACAUGGCGCAGACAAUGCUCUCGCACACAGGACGCUCGCCCUGGAUCAAGGAGAACGAGCUAUACGGCACACAGCAGCCCGCCAGCCCGGACAGCACCUCGCCACUGACCUCAGAGCGCAGCUACACCUACAUAGGCUCCAAUUGCCAAACAUCGCCGGCGCUCUCGGGCGACUACAAGAGCUACAGUCGCUCAGCCGACAGCGAUGCGCUUUCCGUAGGCGAUGCGCUCCAUACGCUGCAUGCUGGCGCCGCAGCAGCAGCAGCAGCUGGUGGCACCACUGCGGCGCAUGCUCUGCACAACAAUAACAACAACAAUAAUAAUAACAAUAAUAACAAUAACAAUAGCAUCAAGCAUGAUGCAGGCGGCGGCGGCAGCGCACAUGACGACAGUCUCAAUGAGGACGGCAUCGAGGAGGAUAUUGACGAUAUUGACGAUGUAGAUGGCAGCGGCGGUGCUGGCGGCCUCAAUGCCGACGGCAUGCCCAACAAGAAGCGCAAGCGACGCGUGCUGUUCACCAAAGCGCAAACCUAUGAGCUGGAGCGACGCUUUCGCCAGCAGCGCUAUCUAAGCGCUCCCGAGCGCGAGCAUCUUGCCAGCCUCAUACGCCUGACGCCGACGCAAGUAAAGAUUUGGUUUCAAAAUCAUCGCUACAAGACCAAGCGCGCUCAGAACGAAAAGGGCUACGAGCAUCCAGGACUGCUGCAUGGCCAUGCUACGCAUCCGCAUCAUCCAGCCGCGCUGCCCUCGCCCAGACGCGUAGCUGUGCCCGUGCUGGUGCGCAAUGGCAAGCCCUGCCUAAGCGAUGGCAGCAAGCUCAGCCAGGAUUGCGUCAACACAGCCACCGCCAUGCAAAACGCCGCCGCUCAUCAUCUGGUGGCGCUCAAUGGCGCCGCUGCCUAUCAGCAUGCCGCAGCUGCCGCCGCCGCUGGACUGCAUGCUCACGCUCAUGCCCAUGCGCACGCUCAUCCGCAUGCGCAGCGCGCUGCCUGGUGGCCCUAAUAUUGUUAGACUGCCUGCCAUUUUACGCUGGAGCAGCAGCAGCAGCUUCUGCUCUCGCGCACUUGGACAAGCGACAGGAACUACUUAGAACAGGCUGAGCGACAACUCCCAUGAACACUGGUGCAAUAAUAACUACGGCGUAUACGCUCAGCAAAACUAAAACUAAAUUUGCCAACCACAGCAACAACA